AUGCGGUGGGCUGCAGCCGUCUGCGUGCUCUGCGUCUGCUGGGGCAUUUUGUGCGGCGUGAAGCAGGCGUGCUCACAGAUUCAAAUCCAGAGAAAGGCCCCUAACAGAGACAUCAGACUAGAGGAAGACAUCCGGGAAGUUAUUAAUCAGAUCCACUCCCUGUCCAAGGAAAGUGGAAAGACGCAUGCGAGUGAAAAGGGCAGUGUCAAUACAAAGCAUUGGGAGGAUCCCACGCCCCGACCUCCAUUCUUCUCCACGCUGGGGGAAGAUGACUUGAGCCAAUACUUUGGUGUCCUGAGUAACUUGUAUGCUGUGUACAGGCCGUUGAUGGGAGAGAGAUUCAUUGAGAAGCUUCCUAAAACAUUCGUUUGUAUCUUGUCCGGGAGAGAAGACUGUGGAUUAGUGGCAGAACUGACGAAGACGGUUUCUCUUGAGCUGGGCAAACCGUUACUGACUCUCCUGACGUCUUUAAGAUCUGGGACGUGCACCUCAGGAGACGCUUUAGGGGAAGAUGCAGGCUCGAGUUUCCUGAGAUCCUACCUGAGGAUGGAGGAGGCCACUGUCGCAGAAUUAAACGCUUUUCAGGAUCUGUUUGUAACCAUGCUGGCACAUCUCCCUCUCUCUGGGGAUCUGCUGUCCUCUCUGAGUGGUCUUGUGGACUUGACCGCCACGUAUUUCUCGAAGUUAGCUCUGACAUUGCUGCAAACCCCGAUUGACUAUGUGAAAAUAGGGCUGCAGCUUGGAAUAAAAAUCCCAUCGAUCGAUGAAAACGAGCACUGCCAGCAAGGGGACCUCAAACAACUUUUAAUGUGGGGAAUGAAUCACAAUGUGAGCUGGUCCUUUGGGAACCCGAUAUUGGACAUCUUCCUGGCUCCAGAACAAUCUCUGUGCAGCUAUCCGGGGCCGGAGUGCCAGAGUCCACACAGCAUCCUCUUCACUCGCAUCGCCAAGGGAGCCGAUGAUGACAAAGACUUCCUACUCAGGUGCAACCAUCACAAUCUUGCUUUCCUCAACGACACACUGUGUGCAGACAUCCUGGCUACGAAUCCACAACAUGGCUCCUCCGCAUCUGUGAUCGCCCUCUGCCAGGAACUGAGCACCCUCAGCCCCGCACAGCUGGAGCAGGUGUGGAGCAAUGCCUGUUUUGUGAUUGAAGCUCUGGUGUCUUCGUUCCUCAGCGGGUCCUCCGACUGUGGCGUUGGGAGCACCCGGCCGUUCACACCUGUCUUCCUUCACUCAGAAACUACUCCCUUCGCUCCUCCUGUUCCUCCCAUUCUGCCCCGGGAGGCCAGGGCUACCCUCAGCCUCAGCCAGCUCCUCUGCAACUACGGCAACUGGUCUGAAGUCAGCGUGGUGGAUGCUGGCCUGGUGACACUGUGCAGUGAUAAUGACCGUGAGGAGUUUGUGAGGAAAGUGUGUAAUAAUGGUGUGCUAAUGAAGAAGCUGCUCUUGGACCCGAAGAACAACUGGCUGUGGGGAUACUGUGCGAAUUCCUCUGCAGAUGUUGGGUACAUGGUGAGCCACUUCUGCCACUAUGAGAGCUGGAUGGCCCAGCUGGCAAUACCAGUCGAUUCCUCCCUGGUGGCCUUCUGCUGGAGCCUGGACGGUGACCGGCUGAAGAAGCUCGUCUGUGAGAGUGUGGGUCUCUUCACCAUGUUGUUCUCCAACCCCGACAAUGCAGGGCUGAUUCCGAACUGCACGGAGAUCCCACCACCCCCGGAGGACAACCUCAACACGCUAGUGGCCCAGUCCUGUCGCUACUCGCAGUGGCACAACCCAAUGCUCAUCACCAUUGAUGUCAUGUCCCUGUGUAUCCGCCUCGAUUCGCAAGGUUUUGUGACUAAUGUUUGCUCCAAUGCAACUUUUCUGAGAGAGCUCCUUCUUAACAAGGCUAACUCCUGGCUCGAGGAGCACUGUGCUCUGUCACUCAGCUUGCCACCCACAGACCCACCCUUAUUCUUCAGCAUCACGGACUGGUGUGACUACAGCAGGUGGGAGGGACAGGCAGUGGACCCCUCAGUGGUGGGACUUUGUUGGCAGCACGAUCAGCUUGCUUUCCAGAAGAACGUCUGUUGCAAUGUGCCUCUGUUUGAGAAGCUGACUCUGGAGCCCCAGAACGAGUGGCUGAUGGCUGUCUGCACAGACAAGGAGAUCAUUGAGGUGCUCCCACAAGUGUGCAAGUACUCGGAGUGGACCCGACCUAUCAUCGUGGACAUGACUGAGCUAGCUCUCUGUGCUCAGCUCGACCCAUUCAACUUCACCUCCAAGGUCUGCUUAAAUGCCUCUGUUAUCCAGAACUUGCUGGCCAACCUUGACAACACCUGGCUGGUACAGCACUGUGCUAACUAUUCCCAUCCUGGGGUAACCACUGGCGGGGGCGGUGGGCAAGGGGGAGGCCUGGUGGGAUUCAAGCCCACAGAACAGUGCCAGUAUUCCAGCUGGGGUAUAGCCCUUCCAGAUGCAGCCCUCAUGGCUCUCUGCUGGGAUUAUGAUCAGGCCAAUUUUGUCUCCUCCAUAUGCCCCGACGCUAGUCUUCUCUCCUUUCUGGCCCGUGAGUCCUCCAGCAUGUGGGUGAGCACGCUGUGCACCACCUACACCAACUAUAGCACCAACAACAACCACAACAAAAACAACAGCAGCACUGGAGAGAGCAAGCCCUGCCUGGCCAGAGACCUUGUGAUGAGGUUCAACUGGACCUGCUCAGCUGACUUCACUGCUGUCUGCAGGCAGGGCACCAGUCAGACUGAGGCUCUGCAGGUGAUGCUGCGCUGCUGGGUGGAGGCCCUGAGGCCCAGGGUGGAAGCCCUGUUGAGUCAGCGUAUGGCCACAGUGUUGGAGCAGGCAGCUAGUAUAACUGUAGUGAUCAUGGUGGCCCUGGAGGAGAGCCAGAUGACCUCUCUGCGCGUGACCGAGAACAUCAGACUCAGCGUGCUGGAGUCCGUAGUCCUCUAUCUUGAGAAUGAGAUCAACUUUGACAACAAGAGGGUCUUGCUACAGUGCUUUGGGAAAGUUCUAACCAGCUUGAUGCAGACAGGGAGGGAUGUGACCAGCGAUGGAUUCUUCCUAAUCAAGGAGUAUUUCCGUAUCCCGUUGAGGAGUUUAAGACCGGUGUUCAGUGCUGUUGACAACACGACCGUCAGGCAGAUCUUGCAGUACUACAGCAGAAACCAGGACAUGCUGCAGCUGACGGAUGAGUACUUGUCCACCAUGGUGUCAGUGCUGUUCCAGGUCCACCUGCUAAAGGAUGCCAGUCUGUUUCCUGAGCUGGCCCCUCUGCUGGCCGUGGCUCGGCCCGCCGACAUCCGAGGUUUGCCGCCACUACAAACCAACGACAAUGUGAGGGAGACCAUCAACAGCAAUCUUCUGCUCAUGUCCGAGGAGCAGCGGUGGGCUUUCGGCCAGUGGUACGGCCGGGCUGUGGGCCCCCAUCGCAUAACCAGCGGCAGUCUAUCACUCAUCGGGGACACGGGUAACCUGAUCGUCUACCUGCCGUUCCACAGCUUCCAGCACCUCUCACCUGCUCAGCUGCUGCAGGGACUGGAUGUCUUGCAGAGGAAUCCCCUGAGUUCCCUUCAGCAGCAGUUUGUGGCUAACAGCCUCAUUGGCUCAUAUAGCAACUUGACGGCACAGCACUUCACCAGGUUAGGUAAUCUGUCAUGCCUGGCAGAACCAGAGAAGCUCCUGCUAUACAAAGACUCUGAGGCCUUCUCCGUAAUCCAGGACAACAUCCUGACCUGCAUCCGCCAGGGCCUCAGCCUGCCCAGCCACAUGAUCUCCAGUUUGUUUUUAAGCAGCACGGAGUUCAAGUCUCCACCAUCACUCCCCGCCACCCGUCUGGCUGAACUGGCUCACUUCCUGCCCUGGCUGGGUGCAGACUUCUUGCAAAACCUCAGCCAAUCACAGCUGCUCCCCGCCCUCCCUGCCCUGGCCUCGGUGUCUUUCAGCCCCACGCAGGCCGCAAUAAUUUUAGACAAGAUAUCGACAAGUUACACACUGAGCGCCCCGGGAGGGCUGCGGGCGCUGGGCACCCUCAUUGCUGGGGUGAACGUGGAGACCCUGUGGACGCUGACUGCUGACACCCUGCUGUCAUCUCUGCCUGACAUGGCCCAACACACGCCAGGGCUCAGUCCUCCACAAGCCAACAGCAUUGCCACCAAGUUAUGGGGCUCUCCGGACGUUGUCGACUGGCUGAACAAAGUGGAACCUCUUCUUCGGUCCACACCUCUGCUCAGUGUCCUGACCAGGACCCGCCCGCUGUUAACCAACAGCACCUCCACAUUCACCAGGGCCUGGAACACACAGCAGGCUAUGGCGAUAUUCAAAGAAGUGAUUAAAUCUAAACCGAGCUUCACGAAAGGAGACCUCUUGAAACUUGGGACAGUGGGUCAAGGAGUGAGCUGCGAGGUCUUACGGCGACUCCUCCAAACUCAGCCGGUGUCGUCGUCGGUGAAAGACAUCCUGGCAUUCCUGAGAGAGCAGCCGGGACCGCUGCAUACUUCCCUAAAAAAGUGUGUGAUUGAGGUGUUGUACCAGUUUGAGUUCUUCUCGGAGCUGCUCGGAGAACUUGGAGCUGAGAUCGCUCUGGCCCUUCCGGUGAGCACCAUAAAGAAGUUCCCCGUGGACAUGAUGGAUCAUUUAAGAAAACUGAUCAUCCACGACCCGCUUCAGUUUCUGUCCCUCCCCAGAGCAAAGCAGGAACUCCUGGUGGACAAGAUGGUGCAGCGAAUGGGCAUGUACACGGGGGAGUUCACGGAGGAGGAGUUCCGCUCGCUGGACAUCAUGGCGACAUUUGUGGUGGAUGAGGUGUUUGUGCAGCUGAGGAGGAGCUGGUUCGUCAACAAUCUGGAGUUUCUACGGGGACUUUGCUACAGCGCCAGCAAAAGAGAUCUUGUAGCUCGCAUCUUGCAGGAGACGGGCACUUUUGGCCCGGUCCAGAACUGGAACCAGGUAACACUUGAUCAGGUGGACAGAUUUCUAUUCUUCUUACCCAAAGACAAGCUGCAAGAGAUAUCCCAAGAUUUGAUAACCCCAGGACGUAUCGAGAGGCUGUUCUUAAGCCAGACUCAGUGGGAAACUGGGGAUGUUGGGGUCCACUGUAUGAAAGGCGGGGACCAGCAUGAGCGGCAGAGUUUGUUUGACAAGCAGCAGUUUGUCCUUCAGUUUUUUCUUGGCUUCCUCAGGGUGGGCCGUCUCUCACCUCCUGCUGUAAUUCCCAGCUGUGAGGUGCUGCAUACAACCGCUCCCUCUGCCUGGACCACGGACAGCCUCCUCGCCAUGUCCUCGCCGGCCUUCUCCAACUGUCUGGAGUUGAUCGGCAGGGACCCGUACCUCACAUCUUACCAACGCACUCUGCUGCUCAAGAGAACCAAAGAGGUGUAUGGCCCCAUCCCCUCCUUCUCCCCCUCAGUGAUUUCUCGGAUGGGUGAGCUAGCUACCCAGCUGUCAGCCGAGGAGCUGGGCUCUCUCCGUCUGACCGAGCUCGGCAGUAUCUCUGCCAUGGGGGCAGUCAGCACCUGGAGCAACAGACAGCUGGCAGUGCUGUUCGCCACCCUGCUCAACUCCACCAAGUUGGGUCCUAGCCAGCUAGAUUCCAGCACACUGGUGGCGAUGGGACACAUUGUCUGUGGAGCCAAAACUACGGAAAUGCGCACUUUCAAUGCUGUGGAGUUCAGUAAGGCCGUGCUGUGGCUGGGUCAGCUGAGGCUUCCCUGUUCAGAGGAACAGCUCAUGGCCCUGGUUGGACUGCUUACCCACAGUCUUGCAUUUGGGCCCACGAGUUCCUGGGGGUCAGACGUUUUCAUUGAGAUCGGAGCGUUGGCAGCUGGGCUUCCAGACAUGUCCAUGUCCGCGCUGGUGAAGGAGCAAAUUGAAGGAAUAACGCCUCUGGCUGUCUCACUAAUACCACCCGAAAAGUUUGCCGUGGUCUUUGACCCGAGCCAGAUCAGCAUGUUCUCCUAUGAGCAAGCUGUCGCUGUGACAGCUGCCCAGCGCUCUGCCCUCUCAGCGGUCCAACAGACUGCCCUGGCUAUGGUGCUGACACCAUGGGAGGACAGGCCCGUGGACUUCAGAGGGAGGUCAUUGGGGAUGUGGCUGAGCCCCAGUCCUCUGUGUCACCUGCUGGGACUGCUGAUGCUGCUGAUCCUCCUGCCUUGCCCCGCCAUGCCCUGAUCUGCCCCGACGCACGACCUCGUUCACCUCUGCCGGACCAGUUCCACCACAUCCCUGUGAUGAUGGCCUAUUCUGUGCAAUACCUCGUCUCUUUGCAAUGAGCAGCACUUGAGGGUUUCCACGUGUUAAUGGGUUGUUUUGCUAUUCAUUUUGUGUAUCGGCCCUAACUUGAGUUGUAAUUUAUUUGCGUAGCACUAUUGAUCUGUUUUGCAUAUCAGCGUUCAGCACUAAAGAAACCAAAGAAAUAUACAGCAGUGUCUGCUUCGCUUAGAAAAGGGGUGAGCAGAUUUUGUUUUUUUGUUUUGCUUUUUAAGUCUGCGGUACACACAAAUCACCCGUUGAAGUGAGCCUACAUCUGCAGAAUGACUGUGUACACACUUGGGCCUAAAAUUGAUUAUAAGGACCCUGAAGAGAACUGGCUGUACUAAUGUAGUCUACUCAGGAACACACCGCCAUACCCAGAACUACGACCAAAAACACUUAAAGACUAAAGUAUAGUUCUGACCAAUUUCAAGCCACAUACAACAUUGUGUAGUGGAUCUAGGUUUGUUUUUUUUUAUCUAAGGAUUGAGAAAGUGUUUGUCUAUGUGAGGGCUGCAACAUUUGGUGCAUGUAUAGUGUGCAUCUUAUAGAUCCGUAUCAUUUUGUUUGGGUAAAUUAACUCCUUAAAUGUCAACGAGUGGUCUGUUCUGCCUGGUCUACUUCGACCCGUUUGUUGCUGUGAGUUUUGUAUUAUUAUGCAAAUAUUCUGGUAUGAUAAAGAGAGACCUAAUUCAAUAAAAUGAAUCUC